AGGCCUUUGCUUUGUGUUUUUCAGUCAGCAGAUAAGCAGCGAGCCCUGGAAGAAACCAAAGCCUACACAACGCAGUCCUUAGCAAGCGUGGCCUAUCUGAUCAACACCUUGGCCAACAAUGUUCUCCAAAUGCUGGAUAUCCAGGCAUCCCAGCUCCGGCGCAUGGAAUCUUCCAUCAACCACAUCUCACAAACGGUGGACAUUCACAAAGAGAAAGUUGCUAGAAGAGAAAUUGGUAUCUUGACUACAAACAAAAACACCUCAAGAACUCACAAAAUCAUUGCACCAGCUAACUUGGAGCGACCAGUUCGCUACAUCAGGAAACCUAUUGAUUAUACAAUUCUAGAUGAUAUUGGACAUGGAGUGAAGGUCAGCACCCAGAACAUGAAGAUGGGUGGGCUGCCUCGCACAACACCACCCACCCAGAAGCCACCAAGUCCACCCAUGUCAGGAAAAGGAACUAUUGGGCGGCACUCCCCGUACCGCACGCUGGAGCCGGUGCGGCCCCCGGUGGUGCCCAACGAUUACGUGCCGAGCCCGACGCGCACCAUGGCCCCGGCCCAGCAGAGCCCCGUCAGAACGGCCUCGGUCAACCAGCGCAACCGCACCUACAGCAGCAGUGGCAGUAGUGGGGGAAGCCACCCAAGCAGUCGGAGCAGCAGUCGAGAGAACAGUGGCAGUGGAAGUGUGGGUGUUCCCAUUGCUGUUCCCACACCAUCUCCUCCUAGUGUCUAUCCAGGUCACCCGGUUCAGUUCUACAGCAUGAACAGGCCCGCGGCCCGGCACACGCCCCCCACCAUCGGGGGCUCCCUGCCCUACCGGCGCCCGCCUUCCAUCACGUCACAGAGCAGCCUUCAGAACCAGAUCAACGGGGGCCCCUUCUACAGCCAGAACCCAGCAUCCCUUGCUCCUCCUCCCCCCUCCAUCCUACAGGUAACUCCACAGUUACCACUAAUGGGAUUUGUGGCCAGAGUUCAAGAAAACAUUUCAGAUACUCCUCCCCCGCCUCCGCCUGUGGACGAGGCGGUGUUUGAUGAGUCUCCGCCUCCACCCCCACCUCCCGAGGAUUACGAGGAGGAGGAAGCAGCUGUGGUGGAGUACAGCGAUCCCUAUGCUGAGGAGGACCCUCCCUGGGCACCCAGGACAUACUUAGAAAAGGUGGUGGCAAUCUAUGACUACACCAAGGACAAGGAAGAUGAGCUCUCAUUUCAGGAAGGUGCCAUCAUUUACGUCAUCAAGAAAAAUGAUGAUGGCUGGUAUGAGGGGGUCAUGAAUGGAGUGACGGGGCUGUUCCCAGGGAACUAUGUGGAGUCGAUCAUGCAUUACUCAGAGUGAAGACCAGAGGACAGAACACUGCAUCUCCUGCUGCAGGAGCUGUCAGGGCUUCCCAGAUCUCCACCAGCCUCUGGGGCCCCAUCCAGUAUAACUGAAUGAAGGAUAAUUGUAACAACCACUCUUUUGGGUUUGGUUUGGUUUUUUUUUUUUCUUUUUCCCCCUCAUGAUAAGACAAUAGUGAUUUGAGUUGUUUGAACAAAUGGCUCUUCAGCUGCCAGCAGAGGCUAUCCUGAGCUAUCUGACUUUGAAUUAAGCUGACCCAUUCAGAUGUAACAAACUUGUUGAUUAGCUCAUACUUCACUCCAAUUCUGACUUCUGACAGGCCUUGGGAUUUGUCUCAGGAGUUCUGCGUGCCCUCAUGGUACUAUACCGUUGGAAGCAGUGCCUGGCACUGGGGAUGUCGUGGAUGCUUGUGGUGAAGGUUACUGGCCAGUGGACAUCCCCUGUUUCUACACUACACUCCUGUGCAGCUGGAAGAACAGUCACGUGCUAGCAAACACUGGGAUUUCUACACAGAGACAUUCCUGUAACUGCCUUCCAGAUAGCUGGAUGCUUCCCUAGCAUACACACUUCUGCAGCUGCUCUGCACACGCAGGCUGACCCAGGGCACACAGAGCCGGCUUUCAUUCACUCACCUUUCAGUUUAGACAAUUCAGAUGGCUGCAGCCCAGAGGAUCCCCACCCCCAUCUCUCAUCUUCUGAAUGCCACAUAUUUGUUUUGUGUUCUGCACUGAUGUAACUGUGCUCCUCUCCACAGUGAGCUCCUUGCCACGGUUGCUGCCGGUUCAAACAGAACUCACAGAUGCCGUUGAUGGUGAAGGCAAAACAAAGUUUACAGGUCCUCCUGGGGUCUGAGGAUUAACUCUAGGGGGUGUGAUCUAAGGUUCAAAUCUACUCAUACCUGCUUGCACUAGAGAAACUUGCCCCCAGCUUUAGUUUUAUGCACAAUAUAAUCUUAAAAAUCCAAUCAGGUAUUGUAAAUUGGCUAUUUUGUACUUGACAACUAGAUUUGCAUAUGUACUGUGAGAGCCCUGUGCAGAGGCAGGACAAACGGCAAUUGUCGUCUUCAUGUCUGUUGCCAAAGUCUCUUCAGUAGAAGCAAAAAGGGCUGUUGUGUGUACUGGUUUCCCAUGGAAAUCCAAGCAGUAACUAGUAGUAGUCCUAGCUCUUCCCCUAGCCCUCUCCAUUGUUUAUUAUAAUAGGUAUUUUGAGCUGUACUGAUGGCUUGGGGUGGAGUAAUACCAAGUGAAGGCUCUGUAGCCCCUUGUGAUGAUACUUGGCUUUCUAAUCUAGUCUCAGUUAACAAUUCUGCUCAGUGAUUGUACACAGCAGAUCACUGUAAGUGAUGGUUAUACUCAUCUGCCCUUAGGAACAUCUAAAUGUUACCUGUGGGUAAAUAUCAUGCAUUAACUAAUUAAAUUUCCUUUUAAGUCUUGUUAGCCUGCAAAUUGAGAGCCUCCUGGGCAAGGGCAUCUUUAGACUGUCACCUGGCCAAGUUCUGGUGCCAAGGUGGUACCAAGAGUAGCUUGUCCAAGGUGAGACAGUACUGCAGCUGGAGAGGCUGAUGUUAAAAAAGAGCAGUGCACAGGAGAGCAGGGCUGGAUGUGUGAUGGCACUGACACCAGUACAGGUAACUGACCCAGCCCCUUGCUUGGUAGUUGGUGCAGUAUCAGCAUGGAGGUGCAGAUUCGGUGCCAGCCUGGGCAGGGAUAGCUGCUCGGAGGGCAAGAUGAACAAACAAAUAGGUGUGUUUGUAGGCCAUGGAGGAAUGUGAUGACUUGCUGUGAGCUUGUGGAACUCCUGUGACAGGGCACAAGAAACUGGCUUGGUUAAAGUCUGCAGGAAGGAUGACUUUGAAGAAACUUGUGUGCAGAUAGAAGUCACUUUUUCCCUUGCUAAUCCACAUGUUGUCUUCUUUCUGGAAGCUGACAGCAUUGUUUGGGAUGAGUGCCAGAACAGAUACCCUUCAAGGCUUUUACUCUGAAAAGUUUUCUUGCAGCAAGAGAAGCAGCCAUGUUCAGUUCCAUCAGCCCAUCAUUCCCAUGGAAGCAAGUCCAGAACUGGUUGUGCAGUCACUGGAAUAACUGUUUCUAGUGUCAUUGGGCAGGUCUGAGCUUUUGGCACAGGGAGGUGGUGCUUCUAGCAAAGGUCAUUGAACAGCAGCAUUCACCAGCCUUUGGUGCUUACAGGGCAGCUGUGUUUUCCAGGAGUAUCAGAGGUUUCAUUGCUUCUCUUGCCUUGGAUACGUUUGUGGCAAAAACUGAGCCCACAGUGCUCAACUGAAUUGUUAGGGCAGCUUAAUGAUUUCUUAAGUGAGAGCUGAACCUCUGCCUGUGCACCCAAGCUGCAGCUGGCAGGUCACACUUUAGGGAAACAUGUCUUAACCCAGUCUGAGCAAGAGCUGGUGCUUGAACACUUCUGGCAGGUGGGUGGGGUAAUGUGUACUCCCACUGUGUGUGAUACUUUCUCUUCAGUCAGCUGGUUUUUCCUCUUGCAAGCUCUCUGUGUUGUGAGAGCAGAGCAGUGUGAGAUGAAUGCUUGCAGAGCACAGAAGAUGAGGCUACAAAACCCUUAGUGAGUGAUUCCACUUUCAGGCCAGCUGUGUGACAGCUCCUGAAGAACUGGCUUUGGUCUGAUGGGCCAGGGGUUAGUUUGGUCCCUGCUAAUAGAACAUGGAAUUGUUUAUCCUGCAAGAACUGCUGUGGAUGGAAUUUCUGGGUCACCUCCUGCUGGUUUUAUGCUUUAUUAUACAGUACUAAUGUAAAGAAAUUUGUUGAGUUUUAUGCAUAUUUUUAUUUUGUACAGAUUUUAAUUCUGUUGCUUGUUUGGGGAUGAUGUGAUGUAAUGGUCAUAGACCAGGCCAAGGUAAACAGGCUUUGUAUAAUUAAUGUUACAUAGAUUGCAUGCUAGUAAAGUCAGUGAGGGUUGUGUUUCCAGUUUUGUCCCUUGUACUUCUCCUUGUCCAAAACCUUCUCUUCCCCACCCCUUUUUAAUUUACAGGUUUACUUUAAAAGGGGGUGGCAAAUGGGGGGCUGGGGGAGAAACACCUCAGUAUUUUAAAUAAGGUGCACAACAUCUCUUCACUGCUGAGUUUUGCUGCCACAGCUCAUGGUGUUCUGCAUCACAGGCUGUCGAAGUGGGAGUGUGUACGCGUGAGAGGUGGGGGAAGGAGACGCUCCAGCAUAGCCCAAAGAGUGCUGAAUGGCCAAAAUGUAGAUGUUUCUCCCUUUGUGAGAACUGCCUUAGCCCAGCCAGCUGUUUUCGUUGUGCACAGAAAUUGUUCAGCAUCCUCUAGCGGUGUGUUUUGCCUUGGUUUGCUGUGUAUCAAAGGUUUCUUCCUUCCUCUUGGCACCAGGGACAAAGCUAUUAACUACAGCUGCCUCUCUGUCAUGUGCCUGAUGAGAGGAGGUCUGACUGAGUCUGUCCACAUCUAGUGCUGAAGCAGGUUCAUUUUGGUGCCUUCAUUCCAGCCAAAGAGAGAGAGCUGAGGUUGCAUGUGUCUGACCAGUUCUUUCCUCUCCUUUUCCCCUUCCCCUCAGCUGUUGCAGCAGAGGGCUAAGAGGGGCAGGAGGGGUGACCAGCAAAUUCUGUGCCUGUGUGUCCUGAGGGCGUGUCCACGUGCAGUGGCUGGAGUAGGCACCAGAGAGCAGCAGCAACGCUGGAUCACUUGAUGGUCUGACUGGUUAGACACAGACACGGAGGCACUGAAGAGCCACAGCUCUCACUGGAGGGCAAGAGGUGUGGCUUGGUGCUGAGGUGGAUGACAGCUGGGUGUGGUUACCAGGAGGUUGACCAUGUUCCUGGAAUUCAGCUUAUCCUUGCAGAUAGUUGAGUUGGAUGUCACAAGAGUGUCUGGAGAUGUCUGCUAGUGUGAACCACAGGUCCUGGUGUGUGGCUGGGUGGCUUACCUGUGGGUGCCAGAAAGGGUUACACCCAGCUAGUUCUUGCUAGAGCAAUUUGUUCUCCUUUCACAGCUGCUGGGCAUUUUCUUUUCUUGCUGCUGAGGGUUCUUGGUGACAGCCAAAGUUGACAGUGGCAGUAAUGCAGCUUCUGAAAAGUGCCACUUUUACCUGGGGUGUUUCAGUUGAUCAUGAAAAGAAAACAAGGGAGCGGCAGGACUGAGGGGCCUUUUGCAGCAGAGGGUGUGUGGGCUGCCUGCCUGCUGUGGAUGUGCACAUUGUUGACGAGAGCUGGAAGAGGACUCUGCACUGAUGGUGACUGAAUACUGUCCUCUUCCUAGCAACUUCCACCACUUCCUAACAGAUGCUGUGGAUGUACCUCUCUGCUGGAAACAAGCCUGCUUUUUUAUUAGUUAUGUCUGUGGGCUCCAGGCAUAGAGCAAAAUUUCCAUGUUUUCUUUUCUGGAAAGGAUGGAACUUUAUGUGGUUUAGUAAACUGGGAGCUUUUGCAGAGCUUCUCCUCCCAGAGGUGCAAUAGGACUUUUUGUAAAACAGGUGACAUCUGUAUUCUCUGCAGGUCCUUUUUGGAAGCUGCUUAGAGGAUGCUGUUGGACAGACUGUGGUGCUGUGGCUUUACUAGGAGCAGUAGUUACAUUCAGAGUAUGGAGAGUCACUGGUGAAGGCACUGCAGCAUUUCAGGCAGUAUUACAAACCCCAUGCAGAGACUUCAGGACCUGUGUUGGCAACCGUGGCAGUAGAAAAGGUACAACACUGUUGCAUUCACUAAGGCAAGUAUUUACACCACUAAUCUCUAGGGAACGUGGUGGUGGAAACCGAGAACCAGCAGGAUCCUGGGCUACAGCUUCUGGGGUGCCAGUUACAAGAAUUUACUGUGCUUACAGGUGUAUUCACCUUCCCCAGUUUCUGGCAUCUCCCAGUAUUUGGCACGGCUGCAGUUUGUGGAUAAAAUGGUUAUUACACAGAGGUCAGAACAGUACAAGAAGGGAACAAUGUGGGGUUUGUGUUGGGGAUUUUCCCCCACAGUAGCUGAAGUCAAUGUGCAGUAACAGUCCUAUUUACCUACUUCUGAAGUUAAAACCUCAAGCAUAGUGAGACCCCCACCUCACAUCCAUGGGGACAUGCUGCAAGCUUGAUGCAGCCACAGUUUGAAAACUGCUGUUAAAAAGAAUAAUUCACAGAUCAUGGUGUUCUGCUACUUUGGAAAAAACCCCAUGCAUGUGUUUUGUGUAAUCUUCAGCCAGUGGAGGAAGAGGUUUGGGGGUUUUUUUGGUACUCUAAAUGUACUAACUUUAUUAGCACCUGUGCUUAUUACGAGACAUAUUAGAAGACAGUGAUGGCAGCAGGGGCCUGCUGUCCAGAGGUAAGCCUACACCCAGGACCCUCCUGAACAGAGACAUGGGGACCCUGCUGAAAUGGGUGCAGUUAAGUUUAUUCUAGUUUCUCCGUACGCCUCUGAAGAAUCCUACCACUACUGACUAAUAGGAAGAGCUAUGUACAAAUUUAUUUCCAUUACAGCGCCUCAGUAAGUGCUGACAUGUCCGAGAUUUUUUUGUAAAGAACAAGUGCUUCUUUUCACAUUUGAAAAAGUGUCUUUUGCAACUUGCAUGGACAAGUAGUUUCUAUGAAUUCUCUGGAGAUGUCAGUGUCUAACAUGGAUUUUGUCCAUGCACUUUUUUUCUGAAAGCAGAUACCCCCCCCCCCCCACUUUGGUUUGCAGUUGGAGCAGCACACUCUGCUUUUGCUUUUGGCACUGCUGCUGCAGUGGAUGGAUGCAGAGCCCACUGUAAAUGACCAAGCCCACAGGACUCUGGGGAGCUGUAUGCCGCCAGUAACGUUUAGUGUGUGUGCCAUUUGAACCACCUUCCAGUGAGUGCAAAACCCAAUUUUUAAAUUUUUUUAAUUGUACUUGGAAUUAAUUGUUGCUGUGUACUAAACCCUCUUGUUAUGAGCCCUAAAUAAAAAGAACAAAGCACACCUCA